CAGAUGUUAAGCGCAUAAUCCUAGGCAUGGCUUUGAAUGAACCUGACCGAGAUAAAUUAAGGUAAGACAUAACAAACACACCAGGUUUAGCCUUUUUAGAUUUUUUCUAAGCAAGAGUUCUAGCCAAAACUCACAAACUUAAUUUCCGCGCAAAUUUGAAUACAAAUUUAACAGCUAACACCUUCUUUGUCUUGCACAAGACGCAUAUGUUUGAAGGCGGCUAGACUUAACCAAGCGGGAGAACGUUAAUAUUUGUUUUGCUAUAUAUUGAGAACAAAAACAUUGAUUAUAGAUUAUGGGGUAGGUUGUAAUGCCGGUUCCUCAAUUUCAUGAUCACAAGUAAAGAGAAUCGAAGUGCAUUUUCCCCUCUUUUUUAUUCCUUUUUUUAUAAAUUAUAAAUUAAUUAUCGCCAUGCGGAUACUCCUGUCGAACUUCGCGGUUUCCAUUGGCGAAAAUCCUCUCUUUAAAAAAAACUUAAAUACUUGGCAGGCUGUUUAAUAUUUUCAUCACGUUAUCGCUACCAAAAUAUGCCAUGAAUAAUUCACCAUAUCUUUUUUAAACAGCACAUGGUAACAUCUGGCCUUUCUUUUUCCUUGCUCAGUUCCGGCUAGAUCUCAAACGUAAGCUAAUUGGUAAAAAUCUCUAUUUGGUUUGUGCUGAAUGAACGUACUACCUUAAUCAAGAGCGAUUAAAACUUGCUUGAAAAUAUAUUACUGCUUAAUAACCUACUGGCUAAGACCCUGUCUUAUGUUUUAUGCUAAUAAAAAAAAAUAUGUUGAGACAGUGAAUAAAGAGAUUUCAUAUGUGAUUAGAGAAAAUUAUUCAUCAACCCACUGAAUACAUUCACGGGCCAGAUUAUUAUUAUUAUUAUUGUCUCUAUUAUCACAGUCUUUGCUGGUGUUCUUUUUGAGCAUCAGCCGGGCGCAAACCAUGCACCUAGAGCGUCAGUCACUCAAGUCAAUCAUUCUGUUCAUACACUGAGCACGUUUCUGAGGAUUCGUGCAGAUCCCAGCAUGCAGAUCUUUUGAAUCUCUGUCAUAUUAGCUCUUUCUGAUACUUUCUUGAUGUUUUCUACCAUACCCUUCUUCACUGUACCAAGCGCACCAACAACCACAGGGAUCACUACGGUUUUCAUAUGCCACAUUCUCUGUAUUUCUAGUUCUAGGUCUUUGUACUUGCAUUUUUUUCAGUUUCCUUCAGUGCGAUGUUUCUAUCUGAUGGAACAGUCAUAUCAAUAAGUUUGCAGGUGGAAUUCACUGAAUCUUUAACGAUGAUAUCUGGUCUGUUCGCUGUUAUAGUUCUAUCAGUAUUGACUGGCAUGUCACACAUGAUGGUGAUGUUGUUAUCUUUAUAUUGUGUAUCACGGUCUCUGGUACGUGUUCGUACCAUUUGUCUGUAAUCUCUAUAUCAUAAUCUUUACAUAUGUUCCAAUGGAGAUAUGCUGCAGCAUUAUUGUGCCUGGAGAUGUACUCUGUUUUGGCUAAUACCUCACAUCCAGAUACAAUAUGGUCCACUGUCUCUUCAUGUUGCGAACACAAUCUGCAUUUGCUCUCCACUUGCUGGCCACAUAUUACUUUCUGGUAGUUUCUGGUGUUUAUUGCCUGGUCUUGAGCUGCAACAAGUAGUCCCUCUGUUUCUCCUUUCAAAUUACUUGACAACCAUUUGUUGGUGGUGACUGUGUCUACAUGAGGCUUCUCUAGGAUCUUUGGAUACUGGCCAUGCAAUGCUUUGUUUUUCCACUUUUCUUCUUUCAUUGACUUCAUCCUGGACUUAAACACGUGUUUCAGGGCUUUAGCAUUUUCAGAGGCAGAUUUAUCUACUCUGUUCUCAAUCUCUGGCAUUGUUACUUCUCUUUUGAAUUUAGUAGCAUUCUUGGAUAUUGAAUGUUUGGCUUUAGAUCUUUCUUUUUCAAGCACCUGCUUUGGAUAUUGCCCUUCCUUGUGCUUCAGAUAGUGAUCAAGCCCUAUUGUUGCAGUUUUGAAUGCUGUUUCUACAUCAAUCAGGCCCCUACCUCCAUUUUUUCUUGGGAUGUACAGCCUUUCCAGAUCUGCUUUAGGAUGUAACAUCUUGUGUAUGUUCAGUAGUUUGCGUGUUUUUGUGUCAAUCUUCUUCAGUUCUGAGAUUUUCCAGUCAAUGAUGCCAAAGCUAUAUUGCACAACUGGGACUGCAAGACUAUUGAUAGCUUCUAUUUUGUUUCUUCCAUUGAGCUCAGUUCUUAGGAUUAAUCUUACUCUCCUAUUAUAUUCUUUUCUUAUCUUCUCUUUCAUUUUGCAAUGCUGGAUACCAUCACUUUCAUCUACACCCAGGUAUUUGUAAACUCCUUCCUGGUCCAACUCUUGUAUUUCUGUGUCAUCAUCUAUUAUUAUGUUUCCAGUUGAGGCCAGUUUACCUUUCAUGAAACUGGCUUUGGCAUAUUUCUCAAGUCCGAAUUCCAUACCAAUAUCAUCACUGAAUUGUUUCACUAUUUUCAGUUCUCCAACUUGUUCUUGCUCGUUCUUGCUAUACAAUUUUAGAUCAUCCAUAUAAAACAGAUUGCUUAUUGGAGCACUUGUGUUUAAGAUCUUGUAACCAUGCCCAGAUGUAGCCAGCUCUGAUGUUAAAGGCACAAGGGCUAGGCAAACCACCAGAGGUGAGAAUGAAUCUCCUUGAAAGAUCCCUCUUUUGAUGCUGAUUUGAUCUGCUGUGAUAAAUCCAUCAUUGUAAGAUAGCUUCAUCGUAGUUUUCUAGUUGCUCAUUGAGGUUCUCAUGAACUUGAUCAGUUUUUCAUUAAAUCUGUAAAUCUGUAAGGUCUUCAGUAUCCAGCUGUGAGGAACACUAUCAUAGGCUUUUCUGUAGUCUAUCCAAGUCAUACUCAAGUUCUUUUUCUUCUUUUUGCAGUCUUCUAUGAUCAUUUUAUUUAUUAGGAGCUGAUCUUUGCAUCCAUAUGAACCCCUGACACAACCUCUCUGUUCCUCCGGCAAUAUAUCAUUCUUUGUGAUAUGGGUGUAGCUUCUUUCAGUUGAAAUCGAUGUGAGCACCUUGUAGGAUGUUGAUAAACAGGCAAUUGGUCUAUAGUUUUUGGGGUUCUCUGUGCCUUUGUUCUUUGGUAGUAAAUACGUUUGUGCUGUAGUGAACCAAUCAGGCAGAUUUUCUGGGUUUUGUAUUGCUUGGUUAUAUGCAUUCAGUAGGUGUUGAUGUAGUGCUGUGAGUUGCUUUAGCCAGACGUUAGGAACUGCAUCAGGGCUGGGUGACUUCCAGUUGCUUGCUUUCUUUAUUAUUAUUAUUAUUAUUAUUAUUAUUAUUAUUAUUAUUAUUAUUAUUAUUAUAUUAGUCUGUCCGACUUACCAAGCAAGUGUGUUUGUAGUGAGAAGUAUACCGUCUGCCAUGCCCUGUCAUGCAAAAAGGGAGGGCUCGUGACGCAGAGACACGAUGGUGUUCGUAACCUACUUACGUCACUUAUUGGUAAGGUUUGCACCAACAUUGAAGUCGAACCACAACUAAACACUCGUUAAUGAGCGAUUCAACCUCAAAAGCGCGGUAACAAGCCCGGAGGCAAGACUGGACUUUAGGGCAAGGGGCUUUUAAUCCCGUGGAGUUACAGAAUUUUUUGAUGUCAGAGUAACACAUGUUAACUCCAAGUGUAACCAGGGAAAAGCAACAUCCACAAUCUUUAAGAAGCAAGAGGAGGAGAAAAAGCGGAAGUACCAACAGAUGGUGCUGGACGUUGAAAUAGGAUCUUUCACUCCCCUAGUAAUUUUUGGAACCAACGGUGUGAUGGGAGCCGCCUGCAACUGCUCUCUCAAACGCCUAGCGGAGAAGUUCUCAGAAAAGAAUAACGAACCUUAAAAGAGGUUCCAGGACACUCUUCCACAAAAUUCCACAAGGGGAUUUCAUUUUCAAACCUAAAACCGUGCCGAGAAACAGUAAUGUUGUUAGCAAAUGAAUAAUAAAAGUAUUGAAUUUUGCUUUCGUAUGAUAUGAAGAAUUAUGCAGAUCUUAUAGAGGCUGUUACUCACCGAGGUCACUGUGCUCGAGUUCAUAAAUUAUCUACAAAUUGAAAUACACUAACUUAUAGAAAGCUUUGUUACUAACCGACAAUGGAAGGGUUUAACCUUAAGCGAAAUACGUAUUGAAAGUUAUUGUUUUCGCAAAAAGGAAUGCAAAUGUUUUAACAGCGAGACAGAAUAUAUCGUUUUUCGCCGGGUUGCGUACUAAGUAUCCUGGAAUUGAGUCCAAGAGAGGUGGAGGCUGGAGUAACCUAUUGUGAAAGAAACCUCAUUGCUUUUCAAUGGUAAAUCAUGUUCUUGGGCUACGAAUGACACAAGGUUUCUAUCAAAACAAAAUCACCGCCAGCCCGCCUUCCACUCAAAGGCUAGGAAUGCUCAGCUCACAAAAAAAUGGUCGGCGCUCAAGUACACAAUAUACCGCUCUUCUUUGUGACACAAAUUAAAUCAAUUCCAUAGUUUACCCAUUGUAUUUUAACGAAGCGUAGCACUUUUAUAAGAAAAACUAAUUGUUUGCUAUAUCGUCUUAACAGAUAAUUACCAAAUGCUACGUUGUUCGUGCACAAGUGCCGGAAUGUCUCAGACAACUGUCGUUUCAGACGAUGCGUUCAUCGUUGGAGCUCCGCAUUGCUUUGUCUUACCUAAAAGCCUACUUGUACUCACUGCCUGCUUUCAAAUGCACAUCGGUGAGAUAGACGCAGACAAAAACGGCACAUAUCUGCGAAGUACGGAGCCUUCACCGUCGCUAAGUCAACACAGCACAGGAGCCGUUCAGAAACAUUUACAAGCAACUGCAGAAUCACUAAACAACAGUCUUUCACUCAGUCGCUUUCAAACGGCGUCCGCAAGCCCUACUUCACAGAUGACAAAGAUGGAUAGCGGAUCAAACAUAACAAAAAAUGACAAGAAGGCAAAUAGAUACUAUUUACGAGAGUACCGUGGCAAAGACAAGGGUGUUAUAUUUUAUAAAAGGGUAAGUUAUGGCUCUAGCAUAAUGUACAUUAAAAUGGUUGAUGAUGUUGUAUCUCAUUGAUCAAAAAACUGUUAGCGAAUUAGCCCGCGAGAAAGCUGUGGCCUAACAAUUUGACCACGUCGUCUGUAACGAGAGGGUUUUGUUUAUGAACGCCGACCUUUUUUGUUUUUGUUUUAUUGUGCUCUCUGUUCCUUGGGUUUGCAGAAAGAACGAAGCAUGAUGUUUAAUGGUAGCGGAAGGGAUGGGCAGUAUUCGCUUAAUUGCAACAUAUUUACCUCGUUAUUUAUUUUCCAUCUGAUGCAAACAAAAGUGACUGCUCUAUUGCUAUAACGGAUAAAGGAAUUUUAAAUAGGUUAAUCAGUGAUAUAAGUUCUUAUGACAAUAGAGUGCCGAUUAAGCUUACUCUCAACAAUUCUUGCUGCAGUAGAGAUCUUUGAUUUUACACUUAUGCUGAAAUUUCUUGCGUUUGUUGUUGCUGGAUUUCAGCAUGGUAUUUGUACAUAGUCCGGGCCAACUACAGACAACGCGCGCCCGUUACAAAAUAUUGUCGCUGAUGAUUUGACCAACUUCAUUGCACCUUGUAGCCUGUGCGCGCGCAAAGUUUUAGUUGAGGAGCUGCGAAGCCGUGCGAAGAAUGGAGAGGAGACGCUUUGAAUUUUCACGCCACAAGGCCGCGAGAAUGGCGGGUUAGCCGCGAAAACUCUCACCAGCGCUAAAACAAUUCCGGCAGCUACGCAGGCUGGCCAACUUACUGCUCCUUUAGAUUUGUACCCACGUGUUAAUCUAGGCAAAUGAAAGCUAGACACUAACUAUUAAAGGCUUACAACAGUCGCUCUCUCGUGAGCCAUAUUACUGGUAAGCUUCAAAGACUAAUUUUGUCUUUUUGUUUCAACUUGGUUUCAGAUUGGUGGAUGGAUAACUUUAGGCGUCGUUAUAACAGCACUCGUGUUUCUUACUAUUACCCAUUUUAGCUCUAUACGUCAGGUAAAUAAGAGGGAACAAAUCAGGGAGCCAUUCUGUUCCAGCCCGCCAAAACCACGUGUUUAACUGGAAACCCGAGCAAAGUCUUAACGGAGAUCACACCACGCCGACUGCUUCGUUAAAAAUUUAGCGUGGAAACUUUCCGCUGUGACUUAAGAGCGUAAUUUUGUUAGCCCAUCGCAGUCUGUUUUAUAACUGCAGCGAGGCUGAGCCAGUCGGAGACCGACAGUAGGCAGUCGAUCAUGAUACGUCAGCAAAUGGAAAUCCAGAAAUUCCGACACUGAAAGCCGCUACGUUAGCACUCCCCGGCAGACGUUCUUUCGUCUCGUGACGCAAUCCUCCCCAACCAACGUCUGCUGAAGCGAGUGGAAAAAAAAGUAGACCAACCACAUUACACUUCCAGAUCUGGGAAUUGCACUUUGGACCUUUAGAAAUUUCGCGCGAGACUUCAGAAAAGAUCAGAAAAGGAGAGGUGAAGACCUUACACUUACAGAAAUAAACUAAUCAUUUAACUCACACGCCUUCGAACCAGAAGCUACCCUCACAAUCUUAUUUAAAAAAAUUACUUCGGAGGUUAAAUUUGCUAAACAGAAGAGGAAUUUACUACAAAACAAUAUGCUGCAAAAGAAAGUCAGUCUUUUGUUCAGUUACAAAGUACCAUCCCACCACUGUCUCACCAAAAGAACACCUUCGUGAGCAAUUGGCGUCCAAUCCAGCGUUUACAGAGAGAAGUAUUCAAAAAGCCAACCCUUAUCUCCUACAUUCUUGUCCGGAGGAAAACUCUUUGAUCACGUAUCACACUUUACCUAGUUUUUACGUCGUUUUUGGCUUGUCAACACUUUGGCCUCAACAGCGCCGAUUGCUUUUCCGAUAA